UUGGUCGAUUCUUUUGAAAGAAGUUCACAUCAUCCUCCGGCCUUAAUUCAACGGUUAGGAUUUCAUCUCUCAUCUCCGAUGGGAAACGCGGUGGACCGGCCUUCGUCGGCCAGGUCUUUAGUAUGUGUGACCUUACUGGGACUGGUGGUCUAGGUGCUCCAAACUUGAUCCAUAUGGAAACAGAAAAUCGUCCAUAUCCUGAUGGAGGCCCAAUAAUUUGCAGCCCAAAGGUUUGGCUAUUUUCUCCUAGGUAAGAGCAAAAUGCAAACGACGCCGUUGCUGGAGUAAUAAUAAAGUUAAAGAAGAAAUAUGCCAAGUUUUCAAACCCUAGAAAUAAUAAGUGCGUGACCUCACUCUGCUCGUCUUCCUCUGUUUCUCUUACGCAGAUCUGAAAAAAGGGGCGCUUGUGAAUUAGUAGCUAUGGUUAUGUCUCUAGCUCUGAUUGCGUCUAUGCAAUGGAAGAAGAGGUCGUCAAAGACGAUAAGAAGAGGAAGAAGAAGAAGACAAAGAGGAGAAUAUUUUUUUGUGGCACCGGAGAUUCCUUUGGAUCUACUGAUCGAGAUUCUGACUAGAUUGCCUGCUAAAUCGCUUUUGAGGUUCAAGUGCAUCUCAAAGCUAUGGUCUUCUCUUAUCUGUUCCCGAUUUUUUAGCAAUCGUUAUCUUACGGUCGCAUCCCCACUGCGACCACCUCGUCUAUACAUGAGUUUGGUGGACCACCUCGUGUGUAAUUCAAUGGAGGUUUGCCACAACCACCCCCGUGAGUCUGUAUUGCUGUCAUCUUCUAGUAGCAGUGCUGAGUCUUUGGAACAAGAUUUGACACUUGCAGGGAUGGGAGGACGCAACAUGGUGGUUCUUCGCGGCUUGAUUCUAUACAAUGUUUGUAGAAAGGCGUGUAUCUAUAAUCCCACCACCACACAAAGUGUAACCUUACCUGCUGUCAAAUCCAACAUCUUUGCUCACGAAUACUACAAUAAGAGUGUCCUCUACUUUUUCGGACACGAUCCUGUUCUUGAUCAAUACAAAGUAGUUUGCACUGUUGCAGUAUCCUCAAAAAAAGUUAAGAGGAUAACCUCAGAGCAUUGGGUCUUCGUACUAGAACCUGGAGGUUCGUGGAAAAGAAUUGAGUUCGAUCAACCUCAUAUCCCUACGAGACUAGGAUUGUGCAUCAAGGGAGUUAUAUAUUAUUUGGCUUCCACUUGUAAGCGUCGCGAUAUCGUUGUCAGUUUUGAUGUUCGGUCUGAAGAGUUCAGUAUGAUCCAAGGGCCUCCUGUGGUGCCUGCGUAUGGUGAGUCUGUGGGAUUUAUAGAGUAUGGUGGAAAACCAGCUGUUGUUGAUCAUACCAUUUUGGAACAAACAGGUUUAGUGGACUUAUGGGUUUUGGAAGAUGCUGGAAAAUGGUCGAGGAAAUCUCUCGUUUUGCAGCCUUGUCAGAUGCACUUAGUAGAUAACAACAUUCCAUUGAUGGUGCAAGGUACAACUCAAAACGGCGAGGUUAUCUUGGUACCCUUAUUGUUGAUAUCCCCUUAUUACAUUCUUUAUAUGACCUCCAAAAGAAUGAUAUGAAAAAGGUUUGGAUUAGAGGGAUACCGAAACACUGGUUAGUAAGCUUGACACAAACUUAACUUUUUAUUUCACUCUUAUGGAUAAGAGUGAAAGCAUUAUGCACUUGGAAACUUGAAUUCCAUAUUUCUUUUUUUCUUUCAAUCUUUAAGAUUAUCAACAUUUAAUUUUUUUUUUUUUUGUCAACAACAUUUAAUUGUUGUUUACUUCAAUAAUAGUAUAAUAGUACAAUGAAACCAUUUAUUUUAUGGAUGUUUUAAAUAUUUUUUUGUUUUUUU